ACAAUGAACUUAUCACAUCAUAUUAUAUUGUCAGUGAUGAUCACUUUGGCCUUGAUGUCAAGUGGAUCAAAAGUAAUCGCACUUGAUAAUGGUCUUGGUCUCACUCCUCAAAUGGGUUGGAGCACAUGGAACUACUUUGCUUGUGAGAUCAAUGAGACCAUCAUCAUGGAGAUUGCCAAUGCCUUGGUUUCCAAUGGUAUGAAGGAUGUUGGAUACACCUACAUCAACAUUGAUGAUUGCUGGCAAGGAGAGAGAAACUCGACCGGACACAUUACGCCAGAUUCGGAAAGAUUCCCACAUGGAAUGGCUUACUUGGCAGACUAUGUUCAUUCUCUUGGACUCAAGCUGGGUAUCUAUACUGAUGCUGGUGUGCUGACUUGCCAGAGACGUCCAGGUAGCUUUGAUCAUGAGGAGAAGGAUGCCCAGACUUAUGCCUCGUGGGGCAUCGACUAUCUCAAGGAGGACUGGUGCUACGCCUAUAUCGAGGACCCACCCAAGCGCUAUGCCAUCAUGUCCAAGGCACUCAAUGAGACUGGUCGCCCAAUCUUCUUCUCGCUCUGCGAUUGGGGCACCGACAAGCCAUGGAAGUGGGGACCCACAGUGGGCAACUCAUUCCGUACCACCAAGGACAUUGCUGACAACUGGGACUCAUUCCUCUUCAACCUCGACCAUCAGAUCGACAUCGCCUCGUACUCCACUAUUGGAGGCUGGAAUGAUCCCGACAUGCUUGAGGUUGGCAAUGGUGGCAUGACCAACACCGAGUACACCUCGCAGUUCUCACUAUGGUCGCUGCUCAACGCACCUUUGAUCGCUGGCAAUGACCUCCGUAACAUGGACCAGGAGACCCUCAGCAUCUUGUCAGCACCAGAAGUGAUUGCAAUCAAUCAGGACCCACUUGGAGUGCAGGGCAAGCUUGUACGUUCGAUCAAUGGUGGUCUGGCUCAAGUGUGGGCGAGACCUCUGGCUGAUGGUUCACGUGCAGUCGUCCUCUUCAACAGGGACACAUCGUCGGCUUCCAUCCAACUUGAGUGGGCUGAUAUCUGGCUGAUGUCUGGUGAUCAGAUGACCGUGCGCGACCUCUGGGAGCGUCAAGAUCUUGGAGUGUUCACUGGUAGCUACCUCUCACUCAACAUCCCAAGUCACGGAUGUGUCAUGCUC